AUGGCUCCCAUCACAGCUCUAAUUGACAAGUCAACUGCUGGUGGUAAAGUCACCAACCUCUUCUACUGCAUGGGAAAAGCACAACUUGGUCUCGCCCUCUGGUCAGGAACAGAAGAUGCCGACCCCGAAGAGCCCAUUCAGCCUCCGACCGAAAUCGGUGAAGGCCAGCACAUCACCAAUCCAUCCCAAAUUCCGUUCAAAGUCACCGACAAGGACAAGCGCAACUUGUCUGAAGUCUCUCCAUAUCAGAAGCUCGGUGAGGUAGACAUCGGACAUACGACGCUCACGUCUUGUUCAGUGGUGAUAACGCUUGGACCAACAAAGCUUCGUAGAUACUCUGGCACAGAGCUUGGGGUAGAGUGA